AUGGUUUAUAUCAAGCAUAUGGUUAUGAGUCUUGGGUUGAAUACUUGGGGUUUUGUUCUUUAUAACAAUCUGUUGUCGUUGAUGAUUGCUCCUUUCUUUUGGUUUCUUACUGGAGAGAAUUUUGAGGUUUCGAAUGCGAUUAAUUCGAGUACUGGGGGUUUGUUUGAGAUGAAUGUGUUUCUUGCGGUUUCUUUGUCAUGUGUGUUUGGUUUGCUUAUCAGUUUCUUUGGAUUUGCUGCGAGAAAAGCGGUUUCGGCUACUGCUUUUACGGUUGCUGGGGUUGUAAAUAAGUUUCUCACGGUGGCUAUUAAUGUGAAGAUUUGGGAUAAGCAUGCUAGUCCUCCUGGUUUGGUUUGUUUGCUUUUUACUAUAAUUGGGGGUGUUCUUUAUCAACAAUCAGUUACUGGGAAUGUUUUGCCGCAACGUGAUGCUGUGGUGGUGACUAAGCAGAGUGAUAUUGAAAGUAAUCAUGUUGGUGAUGGUGAUUUGGAAGAUGAGAGUGAAGUAAAGGGUAUAAGAUAA